AGCAGGCAUGAAUGUGUCUGCGUGAGGACCGGAGAGAGGAGGAGGAGGCGGCGGGGGGAGGGAGCACGCGCGUGGCUCCCGGCGUCCCGGCUCCCCCCAGUCCCCUACCUCGGCCCGCGCCGCGCCGCCUCCUCGGCAGCACCGCCCGCUUCGCAGCUGGGACCCGCUCCGGGCACGGGGACCCGGCGCGGCCUGGAAGGAACCAGAAAGCAAAAGUGUUCCUGGUAGCAGAGAGUUGAAGUAAUGAGAAGCCAUCAUGGAGGCCCAGUCCCACAGCUCCACAACCACUGAGAAGAAAAAAGUUGAGAAUUCUGUAGUGAAAUGCUCCACUCGAACAGAUGUCAGCGAGAAAGCUGUGGCCUCCAGCACCACUUCCAAUGAGGAUGAAAGUCCUGGACAGACCUAUCACCGAGAGAGAAGAAACGCAGUCGCCAUGCAGCCGCAGAGUGCUCAGGGGCUUGGCAAGAUCAGCGAGGAGCCUUCCACAUCUAGUGACGAGAGGGCCUCAUUGAUCAAAAAGGAGAUCCAUGGGUCCCUACCGCACCUGGCCGAGCCCUCCGUGCCGUACCGCGGGGCCGUGUUCGCCAUGGACCCCAGGAAUGGCUACAUGGAACCUCACUACCACCCUCCUCACCUCUUUCCUGCGUUCCAUCCUCCUGUGCCAAUCGAUGCAAGACACCAUGAGGGGCGUUACCAUUACGACCCGUCUCCGAUUCCUCCAUUGCAUGUGCCUUCUGCCUUAUCUAGUAGCCCGACGUACUCGGACCUGCCCUUCAUUCGGAUCUCCCCGCACCGGAACCCUGCUGCCGCUUCCGAGUCCCCCUUCAGCCCUCCGCACCCCUACAUCAACCCUUACAUGGAUUACAUCCGGUCCCUGCACAGCAGCCCGUCCCUGUCCAUGAUCUCAGCGGCCCGGGGGCUGAGCCCCACGGACGCGCCCCACGCUGGAGUCAGCCCAGCAGAGUACUACCAUCAGAUGGCUCUGUUAGCCGGCCAGCGCAGCCCCUAUGCAGACCUCCUUCCCACAACUGCCACUGCUGGCGCUGGGGCCAUCCACAUGGAGUAUCUGCACGCCAUGGAUAGCACCAGAUUCCCCAGCCCCCGGCUGUCAGCCAGGCCAAGCCGAAAACGUACACUAUCCUUAUCACCACUGUCCGAUCAUAGCUUUGACCUUCAGACCAUGAUAAGGACGUCUCCCAACUCCUUGGUCACAAUUCUGAAUAAUUCCCGCAGCAGCUCUUCAGCAAGUGGCUCCUAUGGUCACUUAUCAGCGAGUGCCAUCAGCCCUGCCUUGAGUUUCACCUACCCUUCCGCACCUGUGUCUCUCCAUAUGCACCAACAAAUCCUAGGCCGGCAGCAGAGCCUGGGCUCGGCCUUUGGACACAGCCCUCCGCUUCUCCAUCCUGCUCCGACCUUCCCAACACAGAGGCCAAUCCCAGGAAUCCCGACGGUUCUGAACCCCGUCCAGGUCAGCUCUGGCCCGUCCGAGUCCUCACAGAACAAGCCCACGAGUGAGUCUGCGGUGAGCAGCACUGGUGACCUGAUGCACAGCAAGCGGUCCAAGAUCAAGGCGGACGACGACCUCCCCAGUCCUGGGCCACGGGGCCAGCAGGAACAGCCAGAAGGCACCACCCUGGUAAAGGAGGAAGGGGACAAAGAUGAAAGCAAACAGGAACCUGAAGUCAUCUAUGAGACAAAUUGCCACUGGGAAGGCUGCACGCGGGAGUUUGACACCCAGGAACAGCUGGUGCACCAUAUAAAUAACGACCAUAUUCAUGGAGAGAAGAAGGAAUUUGUGUGCCGGUGGCUGGAUUGCUCAAGAGAGCAGAAACCCUUCAAAGCCCAGUAUAUGUUGGUGGUGCACAUGAGAAGACACACGGGAGAAAAGCCUCACAAAUGCACUUUUGAAGGUUGCACAAAGGCCUACUCGAGACUAGAAAACUUGAAAACACACUUGAGAUCUCACACUGGAGAGAAACCGUAUGUCUGUGAGCACGAAGGUUGCAACAAGGCUUUCUCAAACGCCUCUGACCGUGCCAAGCACCAAAACAGAACACAUUCCAACGAGAAACCAUAUGUGUGCAAAAUCCCAGGCUGCACGAAGCGCUACACAGACCCCAGCUCCCUCCGGAAGCACGUGAAGACAGUGCAUGGCCCAGAGGCUCAUGUCACCAAGAAGCAGCGUGGGGACAUUCACCCUCGGCCCCCCCCACCACGAGAUUCCGGCAGCCAUUCACAGUCCAGGUCACCCGGCCGGCAGACUCAGGGAGCCCUUGGUGAGCAGAAGGACCUCAGCAACACUACCUCAAAGCGGGAGGAAUGCCUCCAAGUGAAAACGGUCAAGGCGGAGAAGCCUAUGACAUCUCAGCCAAGCCCUGGUGGUCAGUCUUCAUGCAGCAGCCAGCAGUCCCCCACCAGCCACUAUUCCCACAGUGGGCUCGAGCUUCCGCUGACCGAUGGAGGGGGUGUGGGAGACCUCAGUGCCAUCGACGAAACCCCCAUCAUGGACUCGACCAUUUCCACUGCAACCACAGCCCUCGCUCUGCAAGCCAGGAGAAACCCAGCAGGGACCAAAUGGAUGGAGCACGUGAAACUAGAAAGGCUCAAACAAGUGAAUGGGAUGCUUCCGCGACUGAACCCUAUCCUACCCUCUAAAGCCCCUGCGGUCUCUCCUCUCAUAGGAAAUGGCACCCAGACCAGUAACAGCUGUAAUUUGGGUGGGCCCAUGACCCUCCUCCCGAACAGAGGCGACCUUUCCGGGGUGGACGUCACCAUGCUGAACAUGCUCAACAGGAGGGACAGCAGCACCAGCACCAUCAGCUCCGCCUACCUGAGCAGCCGGCGCUCGUCGGGCAUCUCCCCUUGCUUCUCCAGCCGGAGGUCCAGCGAGGCGUCCCAGGCCGAGGGCCGGCCCCAGAACGUGAGCGUGGCCGACUCCUACGACCCCAUCUCCACAGACGCCUCGCGCAGGUCCAGUGAGGCCAGCCAGUGUGACGGCCUGCCCAGCCUCCUCAGCCUCACGCCGGCCCAGCAGUACCGCCUGAAGGCCAAGUACGCAGCCGCCACGGGCGGGCCGCCGCCCACGCCGCUGCCCAACAUGGAGAGGAUGAGCCUGAAGACCAGGAUGGCCCUGCUUGGGGACGGCAGGGAAUCCGCGGGGGCCCUGCCCCCCGUCCACCCUCCCCGGAGAUGCAGCGACGGGGGCGCCCACAGUUACGGCCGGCGACCUCUGCUGCCCCAGGACACGCUGGGCCACAGUGUGAGAAGAGCCAGUGACCCGGUGAGGACAGUGUCAGAGAGCCUCUCCCUGCCCAGGGUGCAGCGUUUCAACAGCCUGAACAGCUUUAACCCUCCGGUCUUGCCUCCAUCCCUGGACAAGCAUAGCUUAGUGCUUCAGAAUUACACACGGCCUGAGGGUGGCCAGGCCCGCCACUUGCACGCGUCUCCUUGCCCUCCGAGCAUUACUGAGAACGUCACCCUGGAGUCCCUGACCAUGGACACUGAGUUGAACCUGAAUGCUGAGGAUUUCUUGCCUGAUGACGUGGUGCAGUAUUUAAAUUCCCAGAACCAAGCCGGGUGUGAGCAGCACCUCCAGAGUGCCAUUUCUGAAGACGGCAAAGUGGCCCAUAGGCCCAGCCUGGGGAGCGGGCACGGCGACUUUGACCCACCGGAGCUGCCGGACAGCCACGCCAGCCAGCAGUACCGCGCGCUGGGGCAGCCCUGCCCCGAAGCCAGCAAAGCCGACCUGCCCAUUCAGUGGAACGAGGUCAGCUCGGGCAGUGCCGACCUGUCCUCCUCUAGGCUGAAGUGUGGCCAGCGGUCCACGGCACAGCCAGCUCGAGCCUUCGGGUUCUACAGCAACAUGGGCGUCCUCCCACAGAAUCCCUUAAGGAACGGGGCUGGCCCAUCAGGGACAGGGGUCUGUCCGACCCUUGGGGAGCACGGCAGUGCCUACGGCGCCCCAGAGCACUUGGUGAGCCACAGUAGUGGGACCAGCACCAACGGAAAUGCCUACCAUGAACAGCCAUGUAAGGUCCAGCAGUAUGGGAACUGCCUCAACAGGCAGCCCGGGGCCCCCGACCCGCUCGACAGUGCACGCGGUGCUGGGAUUCAAGCGGCAAAGCUGAGAAGCACCACCAUGCAAGGGAAUGGCAGCCAGCUGGAUUUCAGCCUGUCAGUGGUGCCCAGUGAGUCAGCUGGCAGCACAGUGACUGGCAUGCCAACUCGAGACCCGGUGGGACAGGGGUACUUGGCUCAUCAGCUACUCAGCGAAAGCAUGCACCACCAGGGGGCAGGCCGCCCCGGACAGCAGGUGCUAGGGCAGGUUAGUGCUACCUCACACAUCCACAUCUAUCAAGGGCCAGAGAGCGGCCUGCCGGGGCCUCCCAGCACUGGGGGCCAGCCAUCAAGCUUGGCAGCUGUCAGGAGCUACCAGCCAUGUGCCGGCUAUGGAGGCAGCAGGCGCCAGGCUGUGCCAAGGGGCAGCCUCACUCUCCAGCCAGGACAGCACAGUGACACAAGUCAGACCUGCAGGGUGAACGGCAUCAAGAUGGAGAUGCCAGGGCAGCCCCAUCAGCUCUGUUCUAAUGUUCAGAGUUACUCUGGUCAGUUCUAUGACCAAACCAUUGGCUUCAGUCAGCAAGACAUGAAAACUGGUUCGUUCUCUAUUUCAGAAGCCAAUUGCCUGCUACAGGGGACCAGUGCCGAAAACUCUGAGUUACUUUCCCCAGGUGCUAACCAGGUGACAAGCACAGUUGACAGCCUCGACAGCCAUGAUCUGGAAGGGGUGCAGAUUGAUUUUGACGCUAUCAUAGAUGACGGGGACCACGCGAGCCUGAUGUCAGGAGCCCUGAGCCCAAGUAUCAUUCAGAACCUUUCCCAUAGCUCGUCCCGCCUCACGACACCACAGACAUCCCUGCAGUUGCCAGCACUGUCUGUGAGAACCACCAACAUGGCCAUUGGGGACAUGAGUUCUUUGCUGACCUCCCUCGCAGAGGAAAGCAGAUUCCUUGCAGUUAUGCAAUAGGCGCCAGGAAAAAGGACUGCCAAUAAACGUGAAACUUUUGUAGGAGUUUCAAAGAUUAAAUUGAUUCACUUUUUUGCUGGUUUUUUUUUUUUUUUUUUAGUUCUGUAUGUAUUUUAGCAAUCUCAUCUCAUCUAACUGGGAUGUGUUUCAAGUAUAUUCCUUUUAUGGAAAAGGACUCUGAAAAACCCUAAAGUAUUCUAGGGAGAAACUGUCUUCCAUUUCAGUUCGAAUCAGUAUUGUUAUACUCAAACCACCCACUUUUUAAAAAACUGUAAGCCUGCCCCCUUUUUAGUAAACCAGUGUAAAUGUGUGAUGUGCAUGUUCUUCCUUCUUUUCAAAGAAAGGUCAAACUAAAGGAUUUGACAUGUUUCUGUGUUACUCAAAGGAACUAGGCAUUUGUAUGCCUUUGACCACGGGGUUACAUGUCCAGCUUUUGAAAUUUUCCUUUACAUAUGCUCAGCGUUUUUUGUUUUGUUUUAUUUUUUUAAUUCCUACAAUGGGCACCAGAAUCCUAAUAUGGAUAGUGAGUUUAAGAAUUUUUUGUGGGUGCACUGCAGCAUAGAUCACAGAUUUCUGACAUGCUCCCCACCCCUAAUUCAGUUCAGGGCAUACGUACCUUGGACAAUUGCACACAAGUGGAAAUUGGGGCUCUUGAAAUGAGAUAGUUUGCUCACAAUUUGGAUCUAAUAUUCUUCCCGUCCAUAGAGUGCUUUGUGGGGUACAUGUGUAUGGUCAGUCCUCAUAAAUGUUCAUGAAUGUUCAGUGCUGUUCAGAGCUCCAGUGAGAGAGGGGAAGGGCAGCUGGUGACACUCAGACACAUCGCUUCUUUCAUCUGUUCUGGUAAGAAGCUAGGUAGAUUAUAGAUUGAAGCUUUGGGCAGAAUUCGUUUCGGGAAUCUUUGUGGGUUUGCUGUCUUGAUGAACGCCAUCUCUUUACCGUUAUCAGAUAACUGAGAAUUGGUGACAGUAGUUUCAAGUAUAUAGGUAUUGAAACAACUUCGCUGCCAGCUGUCAUUAACAUAUUAAUCCCACUAUAGUGAAGGACUACUUCUAUUCUAAGCACCCUAUUUUCAGGGAUUUAUAAAACUUGGUUGUAACAGAAAAGGCUCACAUACAAUGAAAAUUGGAAUAAAUUGCUUCGACCAUUUUUGGUAUUGGAGAGACGAGGGAGGAUGUUAAGUAGCUGUUGGAUGCCUUUUUCUUGUAUACCUUAUCUAUUAAAUGCUGCAUCCAUUUAAGAAGUUAAAUGUUCUAUGCAUCCUUAGUGUGGACUUAACCUGUCAUUUUGUUUUGGAUUAAAACAUUUAAAGAUUAAAAAGUGCAGCUGCUUCCCAUGUGCAGUGGAUACACAUAAAAGACAUACUAUGUGUGCACAGAGUACAUGGAUUAUCCAGAAUUUUACCUUUUAAAAUAUGUAAACUAUUAAAAAAUAUACGCAUUAACACCUCAGACUACCUGCUGUAUUCUUCCCGUUGAUCCUGGAGUUGGAUUUAUCCAAAGUGAUUUGUGGUUCAAUGGUGUGACUUUUUCUCUUUAUUCCUGCCAUUUAAAUUAGUAUUAGAAAGACAAAAUCAGGUACAAUAAAAUAUUAGAUAAUGCAAACAAUGUUAGGACCAGCCCAUUUUUCUCAUGUUGAUGUUCUCUCAGUUGGACCAAGAAUCUCAGCAGGGAGGUGAAUUUCUCGUUGGGACUUUGUGGCUAAGAUAGUUGGGUUUGCUUUCAACUGAAUGUUCCUGAGAUCAGCAGGAGGAUGCUGAGAUUUCUCCUUUACAUCCUGCCAUCCUCCCACAUGCAGCACCUUCUUUUAAGUCAAAGGAUGCAUCUGCUGUGGAAUAGGGCCCAGAAGCAAAAGACAGCUACUGAUCUUACCUCAGUAGCUCAGAUCAAUGGGAAAAGCAAGACUUUUUCUGUGUCCCUCAAACAGGUCACAAUUUGGUCACAAAAUCAAUGAUCCAUUCUCGGAGUAUCAUUUUCCAGGAACCUCAAAAUCCCUAGGUCCUGGUCUUAUUUUUCAUGCUCUUGUGGUUUGGCCCAAUCCCUGUCCUCCUCUGUCUGAGACCUUUUCCCUGGAUGUGACCCGCAUUUCCCUUUCCCCAUAAUCCCAUGUCAUCUUUGCCACAUGUGGAAGGAUGGACAGGGAUUGAGAUGGACACUGUUGUCAUCUUGUGCCUCUGCUGUUUCCUUUGGUUUGAGAUGGUUCUCUGGGUUGCCCCCUUUCUUUACUUUUUCUUUUUUAGACUUGUUUUCCUUGCUACUGCCUUUAGAUUUUCAGGGGACACUCAUGCUAUAGCUGAAUAUGUGGCUUCUCUCACUAUGGAAAUCUCAGAAGGAUGGCUUUGUUGUGACAGUCAGUGGCAGGAAGGUCUUUUGGGGCCACACAGAAGCAUCCUGUCGGGACGUGGAUCGCUAUGGACUUGGCGUCUCCUGUGGCGGGAUGCACCCCAGCCUCCAACCUUCUCUCCAGCGACUCACUAGGUCACAUCCUCCUUUGUAAUGAAGGCUCAUACAUGGUACUCUUGUUUAACAGUUGUGCUAAAUGUGUUUUUACUUGUCAAACUAUUUUGUUUGAUUUUUUAAAGAACUGAUGAGACUGCCCCUGCUCCUCACACAUCGGCUUGUCCUCUUGAGCCAGAGUUGUUGAUUCCUGCAAUGUAUGUGCCUUAUUUACGUUGAUUGUGUUGAUGCGAGGGACCAUUGGUGUUGCCUCGUCAGAACUCCAGGCUGCGCCCCAGCCAGCCGAGAGCACACGAUUGUAGAGAGUCCGAGCUGUCUUGUGACCUGGUCUCCCAUGUUUUGAACCAAUAGGAGGAUGUUCUCUUCUGACAAGUUACUGUUGUGUAUUCUGCAAAUGUGUUAGAUAAAAUACAAGUUCAUUGUUUUCAUCUUUUUUAGAUUUUUAAAAAAUAAAAAAAUGUGUAAUCCUUUUUUAAAAGAAAGACAUGUAAAUACAUUUAAGUAUUGUAGGUGUAGUGUCCAGACGUGGUGGCCCGGCCUUCCUCGGGUCUGCCUGCAGCCCGCGUGGCCCCGCCAUGCCCACCUCUGGCCGCCACAGAUGGACUGACUUUUGCUUUCAGAACCACUUAGUCUUUUUGUAAUGAAGAGAAAGAACGAUGUUUCUUACAAUGUCAAU